CAACCAACAACUCGUCAACUGUGCUCUGCAGGCCAGCCAGCCAGAGCAGGUGCUGGACCCUAACAGAUCCAGAUCCGAAGAUCGAUGCAGCAUGGCGUCGAGUCCGAUCUGGUGGCGGCUGUGCCGAUAUCCAAUUGUGACCACCGUCACCACAAACGUUCUGUCCUAUCUGUUGUCUCUGGUGUUACGGAUGCUGUUCUACAGCCUGGACCAGGUUAUUACGACUGCAGAGCAUGUAGAGGAGCGGCUGCUUCAGGUUUUCUCAACCGUCUUCCACGUACCCGGUUGCGAUAUAUACAAACCGGAAGAGAGUGCUAUUGUGGUUCUGGGUGGAGAGUAUGAAACUGGUAAACAAAUUGCUAUACAUUUCUCGAAGCUCGGGUACACCGUCUUCGCUCUUUGCCGCGCACAGGAGUCCAGUCAAUAUUCUGACAUCGUCGGCACCAGCGCUGAUAAGCAAAGCAUCUCUUCGCUUCUGCAUGAAUGGCAUCAAAGGCGGAAGCACUCUGACGGCAGGCACUAUGGUCUUCUUGCACCGAUGACGUUCGAGAUGCAUUCAAUGUCCAAAUCAGCGCACGCGUUCGAGACCAUCCACGCAUGUUGCGAAACCCAUUCCCCCCAUCUAAUCGCUGCUAUUCUGUUGCCAGAGCCGAACGAUUCACCAAAUCAUCCAGCGGGCAUUACUGGAUAUCACUCCGCAGCACCGCAUGCCGAGCAGUCCCCAGAACUCGACAUCGCUUUGUCCCGAUUGUCCUCAUGGUCAAAUUGUACCAGCCGCACUAUUGAUGAGCUCAUGCACGUAAUCAGCCAUUGCCUCGAUUUGCUACUUGCGUCCUCUGGGCGCGUAGUGCUGAUAUCCGAACAACCUGAUUUGCUGCACUCCGUGCGCACAUCAGCCUCACAGCCGGUGCAUGCGGCUGUCGCUGCUUCGUUGAUGAGAGAAUUGGAGCCAUUAGGCAUCGCUAUAUCGCUAGUCAGGACGAGUAGCCUGACCGACCCCCUUCGUAACUCUAACAAAGAGCAGUCGGGGGAUAGAACGAUACGAGAGUCUGCCAAGGAACUCAGCCGGAAUGGGAGAUAGACCUUUCCUCCGCGCAACGGUAGAAGUGCUUCAACAAUAUACCACGCCAACGUGCGACAUUGUCAGGGUGGUGGAACACAUUAUUGGCUCACGGUAAGAUAUCUUUAUCGGGAUCGCCCCUUGAUACAAGAUGACAGCUGUGCGCCUAACAGAUAUCCGAAACGUCAGUAUACUACCGGCAUUAAUUCA